CCGCGUUCCCGCUUCCCGCCGAAACGCUCUCCCGUCUGCGAGCAGGAGUACAUUUUUCGUUUCACUGAAUUUAAAAAAGUAACUUCGCUAAAAUCUUAAAAUGGGUACCAAUGCACCGACUGACGCCGUCAAUGCUUACGCACGAGAAUACCUCGAGUUCCUCGACGACGAGGAUGAUCAGGGAAUUUACUCUUCUCGUGUCAAGAACAUGAUCAGUGAAAAGAAAGUAAGACUGGUCGUUAACGUGAAUGACCUGCGUCAGAAGAACCCUAAAAGAGCCAUCGGCCUUCUUAAAAACGCAUUUGAAGAGCAGCAGGCAUUUGAGCGCGCCCUAAAGGAAUAUGUUGGUUCCGUGGAUGCAACCUACGCCAAAUUAAACGAGGACUUUUAUGUGGGUUUCGAAGGCAGCUUUGGUAGCAGACAUGUGACCCCUCGCUCUCUUAAUAGCCGCAUGCUAGGCAAUAUGGUCUGCAUUGAAGGAAUUGUGACAAAAAGCUCGAUGGUCCGACUGAAGGUUGUACGCAGUGUCCACUAUUGCCCUGCAACUUCUAAAUUCAUGGAGAGACAAUACUCUGACUUCACCAACCUCAAAGCAUUUCCUUCGAACUCAACCUACCCAACCACUGAUGAUGCUGGCAACCUUUUGGAGACCGAAUAUGGUUUGUCCACUUAUAAAGACCACCAGACCAUCAGUGUACAGGAGAUGCCUGAAAAGGCGCCCACAGGGCUUUUGCCUCGAGUAGUUGAUGUGAUUGUGGACAACGACUUGGUCGACUCUUGCCAGCCAGGCGAUAGAAUUCUUGUAAUCGGCAGCUACAGAUGUCUGCCAAGCAAGCAGGGCUCUUACACUAGUGGAGUGUUUAGGACUGUCGUCAUUGCCAACAACAUUGCAUCUCUGAGCAAGGAGGCCACCACAAUGGUCACCAGAGAUGAUGUGCGCCGAUGCAAACGCUUCUGCAAGCGUAAUGAUGUGGUGGACAUGCUUUCGAGGUCGAUUGCUCCUUCCAUCCAGGGACACGAGAUUGUCAAGAAGGCCAUUCUCUGCAUGCUGCUGGGUGGCGUUGAAAAAAUUCUUGAUAACGGUACUCGUCUCAGAGGUGACAUCAAUUUGCUGCUGAUUGGAGAUCCUAGUGUGGCAAAAUCGCAGUUGCUCCGUUACGUAUUACACACUGCUCCAAGAGCCAUUGCUACGACUGGCAGAGGUUCCUCUGGUGUUGGUCUGACUGCUGCUGUUACUACAGACCCUGAUACUGGAGCCAGGACGUUAGAGGCUGGUGCAAUGGUGCUGGCUGACCGCGGUAUUGUUUGCAUUGACGAGUUUGACAAAAUGACAGACAUCGAUCGCACGGCCAUUCACGAAGUGAUGGAGCAAGGUCGUGUGACCAUCGCCAAAGCAGGUAUCCAGGCCAGCUUGAACGCUCGCUGCUCAGUUAUGGCUGCUGCCAAUCCUGUUUACGGAAGGUAUGAUCAGUUUAAAACGCCAAUGGAGAACAUUGGACUGCAGGAUUCUCUGCUUUCUCGUUUUGAUCUGCUGUUUGUUAUGCUGGACACGGUUGACACAGCCACAGAUGAGGUAAUCUCAGAUCACGUCAUUCGUAUGCACAGAUACAGAAAUCCAAAAGAAAGAGACGGUGAGGUCUUGCCUCUUGGCUUGGGUGCGCAGGCUCUGAGCACUCUGACUGAUGACCCCCAGGAAAUGGAAGAUCCUGAUGACAUGAUUUACGAAAAAUACAAUCCUCUCUUGCAUGGCAGUUCAAAGACAAGAUCGAAGCGUAUCUUCUCCAUGGACUUCAUGCGCAAAUACCUGUACAUAGCAAAAUGUCUUGUUCCGACAUUGACGGACGAAGCAGCGCGCGCCAUUGCUGAAGAAUAUGCUUCUCUUCGCAGUUUCGAUCUGGCCCAGCAUGAUGUUGCAAGGACUCAACCAGUCACUGCUCGUACUCUGGAAACCAUGAUCCGUCUCUCUACUGCACACGCAAAGGCCCGUCUUUCGCGCAAAAUAGAGCAAGUUGAUGCUGAUGCUGCCAUUAGUCUUGUGCAGUACGCAUACUUCAAGAGGGUCCUCGAGAAGCAAAAGAAGCGCAGGAAGCCAGUGGACAGUGACAGUGAGGCCGAAGGUGAUGAAGAAAUGGAUUCUGGAAGUGAUGACGAAGGUGGUGAUGAUGAUGAUGAGGGCUCUGCACCACCAAGCCAAUCAAAGCGUGCUCAAAGACAAAGCAAACGACAAAAGACCCAGGAAUCUGCAGCUCAAGAGGAAGAGGAAGAACCAAUGGAUGAAGACAUCCCAGUCGUCGACCUUCCCACACUUGACGCAGAAAGAUUGAAGACUUUCAAGACUGGGUUGACCCAAUAUUUGAGAGAAAAACGAUCACAGUCUGUGGCUUUAAGCACGCUGAAGGGGUACAUCAAUGAGGGUGUUGCUAAAUUGCAGCCAUUCAGUGACCCUGAAAUGAAGUCGGCAAUUGAUGUAAUGACCAAAGCUAACCAGGUCAUGUUGGCUGAUGAUAUUCUCUUCCUGAUCUAAUUUUUACUCAUUUAAUUUGUCUUAUAUUUUGUAUCUCUACAUCGUGUAACGUAGGUCAAAUAAAAACAUUACAAUUAACAAAAUCAGA